AUGGGGAAGCGGGAGCGGGAGGGGGCGCUGAACAAGGCGCGCUGCCUCGACUUCGUGCGCCGGCUGUGGGACAAGGACGCGCUCAAGAUGUUCCACCACCCCGUCAGCGCCACGGAGCUGCCGGACUACCACACGCGCAUCAAGUUUCCCGUCGACCUCUCGACCAUCCGCCGCGGCGUGGAGGCCGGCACGUACGACAGCGACGCGGAGGUGCAGAACGCCGUGGCGCAGAUGAUCUCCAACGCGCUGGAGUACAACGCGAAGGGCACGGAGUGGCACCGCCAGGCGCUGGAGUUCCGCAAGACGUACGUGGAGCUCGCGAAGCAGUGCGGCCUGGCCGUGGACGAGGACGCCGCCUACAUUCCCGCCGCGGCCUUCGAGGACGACGAGUCGACGCUGCGCAAGGCGGAGAAGAUGCACGGGGAAAACAUCGGGGACGUGCUGAAGAACCUCGAGGAGGACAAGGCGGUCCCGCUGGAGGAGCUUCGGGCGAAGUACGGACGGGCAGAGAAGGACGCGGGGGACAACAACAACCACGGGAGCGACGGCAACGGCAGCGGCAGCAGCGGUGCAACCGACGAGGAGGAGGAGAGUGAAGACUACGAGGAGGAAGAGGAGGAGGAGGAGGAGGAGGAGGAGGAGGAGGAGGAGGACGACGACGACUAA